AGACUGUCCAAUCAGAUUCGGAACGUGGGAAAGGUGCCCGUGUAACGGCUGCAGGACAGCGCAAGUGACAAGCACUUACAGGGGGGUUCUUCUUGCUGGCAGUGCCGCAUGUGAAGCGUGUCCGUAUUGUUACCUUUAGGUGAGUGCCCAUCAAGAUGGAUGCCGUGUCUGUGGUCGCCCACCUUAGGGACCUGGCCUCUGAUCCACAAAACCGAACAAGCAUUGUAAGGGAUAAGAGCUGCCUUGCCGGUCUCAUUCUCUUUCUAAGUCAUCAAGAUGAUUGUGUGGUGGAGUCUGCUUUAAAGGCAUUUCUCUAUCUUUGUGAGGAACCUGCUCAUUGUGAAAUAAUCAGGAAUGAGCUUGGCUUGAUGGAAAGUCUGGAAAACUUAAAAAACAGGUAUGACGUUGAUGAUGAAGUAAAACAACUUGGAAGGAGUAUUCAGCUUUUAUUGAGUCCCACAGUCCAUAUGCAAACUCCAGAAACAAACAGCAAGAAAAAUAAGCCAUCCUUCUUUGCAACAAGUUGUAACAAACGAGCUAAAACUGUAACUCUGUAUAUUCAUGGUCUUCAUGAUGUGGAGAAAAAGCAUCUUUGUGAAGAAGCAUUGCUGAAAGUGAAGGGUGUAAUCAGCUUUACAUUUCAAAUAGCCAUACAGAGAUGCACUGUUAGGGUAAAACCUGACCUGGCUACCGAUUGUUUAGCAUCUGCAAUAGCUGAAACAAGAGUGCUGAGGGCACAGCAGGUUAUAAGAAAUGAAUCUGGGAAUGAGAUGUAUGUUCCACUCCAUGAGAUGAAUGUGACUGUUGAGAAGAACUCAUACUUACCAGAUUAUUUGCCUGAAGAGGUUAGCCCUCAGAAAGAACUUGAUAAAGCUGUGAUACCUACAGGGUCAAAGAGCGAUAGUCAAGGAAGCUGGAUUAACUCUGCAGCUAAUUUUCUUUCAAAAACGUUUUUCUGGUGAUUAUACAAAUUCAUAAAGGGCAAAUGUAAAUAUGUAAGAUUUUACUGUAUGUCUCUUUAUAUGUUGAAUUAAACACUAACAUUUUGUCAAUA